CCAUGGUUUCCUUCGACCAAGUAAAACAAACCAACUCAAGUCUAAAGUCCUAUGGGGCCGGGCUUGUGGGUGUAUUUGUCGGCGGCACAAGCGGCAUCGGCGAAGCCACAGCCCGCUCCUUCGUACGCAAUGCCACCGCUCCACAGGUAUAUCUGAUCGGACGGAAUGAGUCUCAGGCAUCAAAAAUAAUCCAGGAGCUGAAUGCUCUCAACCCAGAGAGUAAAAAUACCUUUCUAAAAUGCGACGUUUCGCUCCUCAAGAAAGUCGAUGAAGUCUGCAAAGAAAUCCAAGAAAAGGAGGAGAAGGUGAACGUGCUUGUUCUGACCACGGGAAUGAUGACGUACAAAGGGCGCGAUGAAACAAACGAAGGGCUUGAUAAAAAGUUGUCAUUGCAUUAUUACACCCGGAUGAGGUUCAUUGCAAACCUCCUACCACAACUUAAUGCCGCUGCGAACUCUCCCCCAUCCACCUCUACUGGAGCUGCAGAGGAAUUCAACCCACACGGCCUUGCAUCUGUGGUAUCCGUCCUCGAAGCGGGCGGCGAGGGCCAGUUGAUCAAAGACGAUCUGUCCUUAAAAUCGAACUAUAGCCUUGCCAACGCUCGCACUCACGCCAUUACAAUGACCUCACUGUCCGUGACCGAGCUAGCUCAAUCCAAUCCGUCCAUCUCCUUCACCCACUCGUUUCCUGGUGUCGUCAAGACGGGCGUGAUUCGGGAACUGGGUCUUCUUGGGCGGACGAUAGCCCGGGCCGGCUGGGCCCUUGCACGGCCGUGGAUGGUGCCGAUCGAGGAGAGUGGUGAGAGGCAUUUAUUUGCUGCGGUGGACCAGAGAGGCGAAGCCGGGCAACCCCACUUGGUGGGCUCUGAUAGCGAGCCGAGGGGGAAUUGGAACUUAUUAGAGGAGUUCAAGGCAAAGAAGGUCGGCGAGGACGUGUGGAGGCAUACUUUGAAUGUCUUUGAAGAGGUUUGCGGUUAA